ACCGGGCCCAGGCUGGGCUCGGCUCAGCCCAGCGUGCCCCUGCAGCCACCAUGGUGCACUGGUCAGCCGAGGAGAAGCAGCUCAUCAGCGGCGUGUGGGCCAAGGUCAAUGUGGAGGAAUGCGGCGCCGAGGCCCUGGCCAGGCUGCUGAUCGUCUACCCCUGGACCCAGAGGUUCUUCUCUGACUUCGGGAACCUGUCCAGCCCCACGGCCAUCGUCGGCAACCCCAAGGUGCGUGCCCACGGCAAGAAGGUGCUCACCUCCUUCGGGGAGGCCAUCAAGAACCUGGACAACCUCAAGGGCACCUACUCCAAGCUGUCCGAGCUGCACUGUGACAAGCUGCACGUGGACCCCGAGAACUUCAGGCUGCUGGGUGACAUCCUGGUCAUCGUCCUGGCCGCCCACUUCACCAAGGACUUCACCCCUGCCUGCCAGGCCACGUGGCAGAAGCUGGUGGGGCUGGUGGCCCACGCCCUGGCCCGCAAGUACCACUGAGGCCUCGGGAGGCACCUGUGUCUGUAACGGGCAAUAAAAACCUCAUUUUCUGGA